GAGAUUAAUGUUGUAAGACGUUUGGCUUACUGCGCAAAGUCUUCCUGUCUGCUUAUUAUAUACUAAGAUUCAAAUAUGCUCACCAGUGAAUCCUCAGAUUCUGCACCUGCCAUUUCUUAAAAGUUUUUCUUGUCCUUGCUGUCGUACUUCAUUUUAUCCUGGUCAUGGCACCAAAAAAUAUUAAUACAGAUGUAAGAAGUUCGGCUCACUGUGCAAAGUCUUCCCGUCUGCUUAUUAUUUACUAAGUGCAUAAAAGAAUAGAAAAUUUUGACAAAAUCGGCAUUUUCUCUGCUAUAAACAAAAAAAAAAAUGCGAGCCUUUCAAAUCUGGAGAAAAAUCUCCAAAUCAGACUUCACUUUUUGUAAAUCCAAAGUCAUCACCAGAUUUCUAAGCUCUCAUCCUGUCCCCGAGGCCUGGAGACGCCCAUUUGAUCCACCCAGCCCAGAGUUUGAUUGGCUGUACCUGUGUGAUGAUAAGAAUCGAGCAGCCAUAGAGGAAAACAUCGUAAACCGCAAAGGAGUUGGAGAUAUAAACGAAGUUAUAUCACUAUGGAAGACAUUUCAAAAAGAGAAGGAUGUUGCAAAAAAGGAGUCCCUUCUUCAACAACUGAAUGAAGCAGCUUCUAAGAUCCCAAAUAGGACCUCCCCCGCUUCUCCCAUAGGAAGUGAGGAACAGGCAGAAUGCAAAGGCCUUUUUGGAACAAAAAAAGAAUUUACAUUUAAACCUCAGUCAGUGAUGGAAAUUGGAAAGAAAUUAAAUCUACUUAGAACAAGUGAUGUUGGUCAUACUACAGGGCCUCGAACUUACUACUUCCUGUCAGAUUUUGCAAAACUAGAGCAGGCCCUGAUUAGGUAUACCCUGGAUAAUAUUCUUCCACAGGGAUUUACUCUAGUUUCUGUCCCAGAUAUUCUCAAUGCCAGCGUUGUUGAAGCUUGUGGAUUUAGGACAACCGGUGACAGGAACCAGGUAUACAAGCUGGAAUCUAAUCGCCAUGACAACCCUCUCUGUCUAGCAGGAACAGCUGAAAUAUCACUUGCUGGUCUCUUUAUGAAUGAGACUUUAACAACUCUUCCAAAGAAGGUGUGUGCUGUGAGUCGUUGCUACAGAGCAGAAGUCUCGCGUUUGGAGGAAGAACAAGGCAUCUAUAGGGUUCACCAAUUCACUAAGGUUGAAAUGUUUGGAGUUACUCAAAAUCAAGGAGGAGAUGAUUUACUUCUAGAGUUUUUGGAAAUAGAGAAACAACUUUUUCAAAACUUAGGAUUGCAUUUUAGAGUACUUGAGAUGCCUACACAAGAAAUAGGAGCACCCGCUUACAGGAAAUUUGACAUUGAGACCUGGAUGCCAGCUAAAGAGCUGUGGGGAGAGAUUUCAAGUGCUUCCAACUGUACAGAUUACCAAAGCAGGAGACUAAACAUCAAAUACAGGGAGGAAAACAAAGAAGAUGGAGUACAUGCAGAAACAGUGAAUGGAACAGCCUGUGCUGUGCCAAGAUUGAUCAUGGCCAUCGUAGAAAACAACCAGCAGGAGGACGGGAGUGUGGUCAUUCCCGAGGUACUCCGACCCUACAUGUCCGGACAGACUCAUCUCCAGAGGUCACCACUCAGAGGCAAGCUGACCUUCUCCAAGGGAAAGUACGCAAGAUAAGAGAAUGGCCCUGCAAUGUCACAUCUGUGAAAUAGACAUCCUCCAGAUAAGAGAAUUAAAGGAUAUGCCUGUUACAUAUGUGAAAUAGACAUCCUCCAGAUAAAGGAACGGCUAUAUUUGUUACAUGUGUGAAAUGGACAUCCUCCAGAUAA